AUGCCAAUUAUGUUUAAACCAAGAAAGGAGCUAUUGGAAAAUGAAAAUAAUAACAAAAUUUCUAUACCCUCUUAUAAUUCCACCAGUCAAACAUUGCUAGCACCAUCCCAACAGCAAGAUAUUAAUACUUCAUUGGAUGAUAGCUUACAAGAUUUACCGCAAGAAAUUUCAAACUUUAAAAAUAAUCAUUCCGAUAAUGAUCGUAUUUUAACUGAAAAUAAUAGAUAUAAGCUUGUCACUUUGCCACCCAUUUUGAAAUUUUUAGCUGAUGGUCAUUAUAAACAAGAUAAAAUUGUUUUAUUAGAUGACAAUACAGAUUAUGGUAUUGCAAUUACACAAACUGCUAACAAUAAAUUUAUGCUACACUUUUGGAAUUACAGGAGUUUACAUAAAAAUACAUCAAUUACUUCCGUACCUUUCUUACAGGAAGAAGAAGAAGAAGAAGAAAAAGAAGAAGAAAAGUACGGUAAUGGAAUCACCACCACUUUGAAUUCCUUGAUGGUCAUUUUCACAUGGCCCACUUCAAUGGAAGACAAAGAACAGCCUGGAUUGUGUGUUGUUAAUAAACAUACCGGGAUACUAUACUACUUUGAUGAGUUGCUAUCAUCUUCUGCAGUUGAUUUAGAUAAUAAUAACGCUAAAAUAAAUUUUGUUCAAAAAUUAGAUUUGAAAUUGAAAAAAAAAUAUCAUGGUAACAAUAGCAACUCCGAAUACGUUACAAAUAUAGUUAACAUAGAACCUUGUGGUGUAUUGGUAUCCACAUCUUUGGGUAAGUUGAUUUUGGUUGGAUUAAAAGAUUUUUAUGGGAAACCCUUAUUAUCUUUAAAAGAAUACUUAAUUAAUACUUCUUGGUUGAACAAAAUUUUACCAUCACAGGCUCUGGUGACUCAGAUUUCUUCUAUUUUUGUUGAAGAAUCCAUUUUAAAAGGCCAGAAAUUGGUAACAAGUUUAUCUUCAAAUGGUGAAUUAAUUAAUUGGAAAAUUCAAUCCAAUAUGAAAAGUAUUAAAAAUUUUAGUUUGAACAUUUAUUCUCCUUUAAUCGAAUAUCUAAAGGAAAUUUAUCCCUACACACUAAAUACUUUGGAAUUUUUGGAUUGCCACAAAUUAGCUAACAAUGACAACAAAUGUGCAUAUGUUAUUCUUUCACGUAUACAAGCAGAUGUUUACGAUAAAUCUAAGUUCAAUUAUAUUUUGAGUACAAUUAUUAUUGGCGAAGAAUCCAAUUCCUUUGAUAUUUUUUCAACCUAUAGGUUGAAUACUUACUUCACUAAUUCAUUCACUACUAAAUUGCAUGUUGCUAAAGUAAGUUUUAACAUGGAAAGAGGUGGAAAUCCUGACCCGUACAUAUCCAUAUAUGUUUUAUUAGAUGAUGCUAUAGUUUUACUCCAAGUUGACUCUCAAUUAGAUUUUAAUUAUCCAUUUAAAAGAAAAUGGGAAGAUAUUAUCAGUUUCAAAAAUGGAACUAUGAAUUUAAGUUAUGUUGGAAAUCACGAUUCUUCAGUUUUGUUUAUAAACUCUGGGAUUGAUCAAGUUUUAAAACUUGACUUACAACCAUUUCCUCGAGAGCCCCCUUGCAACGUAGAAACAUUCAUUAAAUCACACAUUGACCAAGAUAUUUAUUUCCAUCGUAUGACAACUUGUAAAGAUGAUGGUAACCCAGUCGAAUUCAAUAUACCUUCAAACAUAGAAAUCAAUAAAACUGAUAUUGAAAACGAUUUAAAAGUUGUUGCUGAGGAAAUAUGGACAAGCAAGUCACCUUACAUUCCACCAAUACAUCCAGUAAGUCGUACAGAUUCAGAAUUUGAUAAAAGAUCCAAUAUUGCUGUUUACACUCAACACUUGAAAAUAAGAUUAGAAUACUUUGAGAAAUUAUUAAACUAUAUGCAAACAAACUUUGGUGCUGUCGUCGAGGAUGCUUUGAAACUAGCCUUAUUAAACAAAUACGAAAUUAUGGCUUGCUGCUACAAAUUUUUAUCAUCGUCACUAUCAUCUCUAGUAGUUACCAAUUCAACCAACUAUUAUGAUCAAGAUGAAAUUUUGUAUCAGAUAAUUGAAGGCGUAAAUAACCCCUUGGACGAAUUUUUGGACAGAUUUUCUGGCACAAUUCACGAAUUUAACGUUAAAAUUGCUUGCAGCCCAUCCAAUUUGAUUUUACAAAAGGAAAUUUUACAUCAAAUAAUUGAAUCCAUCAAUGACGCCGUUUUUGAAAAUUCUGAACUAAAGUACAGAUAUCAAAUUUUUGGGUUAGAUUCCUCCUAUGUACCAACCUCACAGUUUGGAGAGGCUCCAUGGUUCACUGAUGUUAAACUAAUAUCCAACAUCAAUGAUUUACUAAACGUUCUAUCCAUAGCUAAAUUGCAAGAUGAAAAAAGGGACAUACUAGUUUUAAUCAAAAUUUUAUAUUACCAGUGUGCUCAAUAUGAAUUAUUUAAUAAAGAUAACAACGGAAAAAAUAAAGUGUGUCAGGUUUUUUCAGAUAACCAUUUGAAAUGGGUUUUAAAGCUAAUUGAACUUGGUUUUAAAGAUGAAUGCAUUUCAAUGUUAGAUUUCUACCAUGACUUACAAGGUUUAAUUUUUGUUUUUGAUUAUUUAGAAGAUGAAAUACCAACAUCUUAUUAUGAAUACUAUUUGGACAAAUAUGGUUACCAUUUAACUAUUGAAAUUUGUAAGUUUCUGAUAAAUAAGGGCAAUUUGGAAAAAUUAUUUCACAUUUUUAACUUAAAGCCUAAUUAUACAGAUUUACUAGCACUAUUUUUAGAGGAUAACAAGGAAGAGUAUGGAGAUGUUACUUGGAUCGAAAAAAUCUUAUCUGCUAAAUACAAAGAUGCUAGUGAGAUUUUGUUUACCGUGGCCAAUACAACCAACGAGAAUAAAUCCAAUGGUAACGGCGAUGUUAGAAAUAUCGCUAGUGGUCAAACUUUAAGAGUUAAAAAUUUUGAUUUGAGUGUGGCCAAAUUAUCAUUACUUUUGGAUAUUUCUUUAAAUGAAGAUACUGAAGCUACUCAGACCCAGGAAAAGAAAUGCAUAUUUUUAAACGAUAUUGAGACCCAGUUAAAAAUCAUUGAGACACAAGAUGUUGUAAACAAAUUAUUAUUAUCUGAAAGUUUCCAAGAUAAUUUAAAGAAUAUCAAUACUUCUAAUGAAUUUGAAAAGGCUUUUAAUGAAAUUUACAAAGAAUUAAUUGAAAGCUUUGAUAAUAAAACAUUUGUAGACAAUGCAAAUUUCAAAAAGAACAAACAAGGCACCGAUAAUUGUAAAAUAUUGACUCCAGGCCAAUUGGUAUUUAUUAUCAGUAUGGUUGGCGAUAAAUAUAUUACCAAUAAUACAUAUAUUGCUUUAAAGUUGUUGUCGGAAAGUCAUAACCAGUUUACCCACGAAAGUUUCAAGUUUAUGGUCGACUUUGUUUGGAUCGAAUGCUUUUCAAAGUACCUAAAACAUACUACUGACCACAAUGAUGAAAAUUUAAGGAUCAUAAAUGAAACUUUAAAUAAAUAUUUUGAAGAUGAAUUAUAUCAUCACAUUCCUUUACCUUUAUCAACCAACACCUUUAAGGGAUACAGCACAGAUUGUGUUGUAGCAUGUUUACAAAACACGUCAGCUGAAAAAUUGAACAUUGAUGGUUCAAAGUUAUUGCAAGAAUUCUAUAAACGUGCGAAUGAUAAUCAGCUGGAAAUAUUUAUUCAAACAGAAUUACCAACCUUAGUUGGUAAAGCUAACAGUCAAAAUGGCAAUCGAGUCAUUAUUGAUUACAAAUCUGGUAAAUUGGAUUAUAUACCAUAG